AACACCACUGUAUAAAUAUAUUAUUUACAUAGGAUCACGAUGAUAUUGUUAGGAUUGUUGCUACUUGGUACCCUACACAUAUCCACUGCACUUGACAAUGGAUUGGCCAGGACACCUCCAAUGGGAUGGUUGAAUUGGGAGAGGUACAGAUGUAACACAGAUUGUAAGAAUGAUCCCUACAACUGCAUUAGUGCGGACUUGUUCCUGGAAAUGGCAAAGUUAAUGAAAUACGAGGGAUAUGCAGAUGUUGGCUACGAGUACAUUAAUAUUGAUGAUUGUUGGAUGUUGAGGGACAGGGGAGCAGAUGGAAAGCUUGUAUCUAACCCUGAACUUUUCCCCGAGGGAAUACCUGCGCUAGCUGAUGCAAUACAUAGCAUGGGACUGAAGAUAGGAAUAUACGAGGACUACGGAACCAAGACUUGCGGUGGCUACCCUGGUACUAAGGAUCACAUAGAGGACGACGUUAACUUGUUUGCUAGUUGGGGGAUUGAUUCUCUGAAACUAGAUGGUUGUUAUUGCAACGCUUCAGAGUUUUCAACAGGGUUCCCCGCUGUUGGCGCUGCGCUGAAUGCGACCGGGCGCCCCGUUCUCUACUCGUGCGAAUGGCCGCUCUAUGAGUAUCGUGAAACUGACAAGAUACCAUACGCUGAGAUUGCAGAAACCUGUAACCUGUGGAGGAACACGGAGGAUGUACAAGACUCCUGGGCCAGUGUUGAACGUAUUAUUGAGUGGUUUGGUGACAAUGCCGGUAACCUUGCUUCGUAUGCUGGACCAGGAAACUGGAACGACCCCGACAUGCUAAUCAUCGGAGAUUACGGCUUGUCUUUUGAACAGAGUGAAACUCAGAUGGCGAUGUGGGCUAUGAUGGCGGCGCCCCUCUACAUGAGCAACGAUUUGAGAACCUUGCGGCAGUGGCAGAAAGAUAUUCUCAUGAACCAGGAAGUUAUCGCCGUAGAUCAGGAUCCGAUGGGAAAACAAGGUGUACGGGUGUAUCAGGAUGCAAAGAAGAAACACGAAUACUGGAGCCGUGAACUAGCUGACGGAAGCUACGCGGUUGUAAUGUACCGACGAGACAGCAGCGGUCUACCCAAACCUUACACUGCUACCUUCAAACAACUCCUGAUAAAAACCAAGACCGCUCAUGUUAGGGAUCUCUUCACACACUUGGAUCUGGGAGUCUACACAGAUGGGAUAACCGCAACACUGCCUCCCAGUGGAUCUUGCAAGAUGUUCAAAGUUACCCCUAUCAAGUCACAGUUUUAAUAAUGUAGGCGCAGAAAACUGAUAUCAGAGUUCAGACGAGCUUUUUUAUGAUGUUGUUUUCAGUAGAAUGGGUGCACGUUUUUUGUGCACGUUAAGCUAAUUUAUAUUUCCCGGCCCGUUCUGUUUUGACUUCUGAACAAUUUUAUAAAGAAGAUUAACACUUAGUUUGCACGUUUUUUAGUUUUGUAUCUUUUUCGAGUUUUAUGUUUUACAAUAAUAACUUAUAAAUAUACUGUGAGAAAAA